AUGGGCUUCCUUCCACAUUUCAAAUAUCCUCCUGCAAGACCAGAGGAAGGGUUCUGGAAUCCGGUAACCUCAACGAUCAAUUGGUGUGAAGAGGACUAUUAUGCCACUAUAUAUUCCGCAGAAAUUGUCAACACCCUUACCAAUCUCCUCUUCAUGGCUCUGGGUAUCAAGGGUGUUCGAAAUUGCUUGAAGUAUGACCAUGAUAGUGUAUUCCUCGUGGCGUUUAUUGGAUACCUCCUUGUUGGAAGUGGAUCAUUUGCAUUCCAUAGCACUCUCAAGUAUCCUAUGCAACUUGUUGACGAGCUAUCGAUGAUUUACACCGCAUGCUUGAUGUGCUAUGCCACUUUCUCGUUCUCCAAAUCCCAGAUCACCCGCACUUUGCUUGGAGGGAGCUUGUUGUCACUGGCUAUUUUCAUCACGUUGUACUAUCACUAUCUGCAAGACCCAGUAUUCCACCAGAACGCAUUCGCCAUUAUUACGGCUACCGUUAUCUUCCGAAGUAUGUAUGUAAUGGAAGUCAACAUUCGACCAUCAUUGAAGGCGAAGUGGAGAACUGUACCUCCAAAGUCGGACUCUGAGAUACUCUCGAAGUCAGAGCGCUUGGCAAAUGAACACCGAGACCGGGCGAUCAUCAAGGAAAUGUGGAUCAUGGUCGCGUUUGGAUUAUCCAUAUUUCUAGGAGGCUUUGGUAUCUGGGGGUUGGACAGAAUAUACUGCUCUACAAUUCGACGUUGGAGACAUGAUGUUGGAUUGCCUUGGGGAAUUUUGCUUGAAGGGCAUGGAUGGUGGCAUAUCAUGACAGGAGUUGGAUCUUACUUCUACAUCGUCUGGGCGAUUUGGUUGCGUCAUUGUUUGAAUGAGCGACAGGAUGAGUACAUUUUGAAUUGGCCAAGUCUCUUCUUCUCAGUUCCUGAGGUGGUACCUCGGUCUGAUGCUGGAAAGCAAAGCAAGAAGUAUCUGAACGGUCACACUAAAGGCGAAGAAAGAAAGUCCGUGUAG